GAAAUAUUUCACGAAAUCAUAUCGAGUCGUUUUCGGGGUUCCGCGACAUAAACAUUCCUACAGACCGACUGAUAAAUAACAAUUUGGAAAUUUAUUGAUUUUUUAGUAUUUUUAAUUAUAUCUCGAAACAUCGAAAAUUUCAUGUUACGAAAUACACGAAGAUUCUUAUCGAUAUUAUUACGAAUAGUAGAUGCAAAAGUGACCAGAAUUAAAAGAGUAAAAAUAUAACGGGAGAACUGAAAAGAGCAUAAUUUCGUUGUUUUAUUCGUUUGAUAAAUGUUGUUUUUAGCGCGUGGACAUUCUCCCAAGUCCAAAUCCACGUUUUUCCACGAUGACAGGCGCUACUGAACCAAUUUAUAAAGACAACUGAUAAAACCAGAUAUUGUUCAGUCUGAAUCGGCGCGGCCGUACAUCUCGGAGUAAUCGUGCGUUCCACUUGUGUGUUCUCUGUUCUGAACAGGCCGCAGAACUCGACGAUCGAAACGAGAGAUACAAGAGAAACGGAGAAACAUACAUACUACACAAAGUGGCAGAGAGAGAGAGAGAGAGAGAGAGAGAGAGAGAGAGAGAGAGAGAGAAGCUUUUUUCACAAGUAACACGAAGCAAAGGAGUUGUAAUUAUUAACAAAGUAAGCCGAGGAAGAAGUAGCAUGUGUGCGAAAUCUUGCACCAACACACCGAUUAGCGAAACGAGAUUCGCGACGAUUUUUAAUGAAAAUCUUUAACAAGAAACAAUUUUCUCUGAUCGAUUGGCAGUGAUAGGAAAUCAGGUGAAAAGUGCCAGUACAACAACCGCGAUAUAAUUGUUAUUCCAUUAUAUUGGGAAGGAUUUGCUGUUUCAAAAAUAUUUCUUUAUAUGGAUGAGCUUCCAAUUACUUUUACUUGGACUCUUUUUAUUUGAAGAAGAAAACAACACAACGACGCGACGAGUCAUCGUUGUGAAAAAGUUUAGCGUAUUUUGUAAUAUUUCUACAACUUGAAGAAAUAGACGACGAGUGACUUGCACAUUGGAGAGACUAGACAUUGAAAGAUUAUAAAUAAAUAAAUAAAUAAAUAAAAGUUUGUCGCGAUCGUUAUUAGUAGAGGGAAUACGCGCGACAUUGAGUAUCUAUAAGAGACGAUAUCGCGACCCGUAAAUUUCGAAAAUAUUUGAAAUUUUCUGCGGCGCGGCGCGGCGUAACAAAGUUGUUCGUUUGUCGAGCCCAUGGAGAAUUAUACAUCGGACUCGAGCGAUUCGGAUUCGAAUGGCAAGACAUUGGAUUUGUCAUAUCUGAUGCUCGAUACCGAAACGCUCAACGAUCAUUUCGUAAAUACGAAAUGCCCAGAACACGUGGACACGUUGCUACUUUAUCAUAACCGCUUGAACAAGAUUCCUGCAGGUAUCGUUAGGUUCACGAAUUUGAACUCGUUGGAUAUAUCGAAUUGCGGUUUGCAUCAACUGCCAGAAUUUCUCGGGGAUUGUCCUCUGUCCUGUCUGAUAGCCAAGCAUAAUAAUUUGUCCAACGACUCUUUGCCCAAGAGCUUCGAGAACUUGCUAGAGCUGCGCGAAUUAAAUCUCAGUGGGAAUAGACUGAUCGAUUUCCCUGAACAGGUUCUCGAGCUCGCGGAGCUGAAAUACCUCUAUUUAGGAGGGAAUCGUAUCGGCGAAAUCAGCAAAGAUGUUUGGAAAUUGCAAAGACUGCAUGUGCUAUCGAUGGGAGGCAAUCGAUUAACAGAAGUACCAUCCACGUUGGGCCAAUUGAAAUCAUUGCAGGCCUUGGUACUCUGUGAUAACAUGUUGGAGAGUUUGCCUAGUACUAUAGCAAAUCUAGCUAACUUGAAAUCGUUGCUGCUUCAUAAGAACAGGCUGAGAACACUGCCAACCGAAAUUAUCACGUUAAAAUGUUUGACCGAGUUAUCGUUAAGGGAGAACCCGCUCGUAGUGAGGUUCGUGUCGGAUAUGACGCAUAAUCCUCCGUCACUGCUGGAGCUCGCUGCCAGAGUAAUUAAAACCAGCGACAUUCGGUACGAUGAAAAGAGUAUACCACGAAACUUGGUCGAGUAUCUCAACUGUGGUCAUCGCUGCGUCAAUCCCAAGUGUAAAGGUGUGUUCUUCAACAAUAGAGUGGAGCAUGUAAAAUUCGUCGAUUUCUGUGGUAAAUACCGUCUACCUUUGCUACAAUAUCUCUGCAGUAGAAAGUGCAUAGAAUCGCGGGAUGGAGAUGAAGUGGUUAGCGGUGCAAUGAUAAGAAAGGUUCUCCUAGGCUGAUCGGUGAUCUAGGCCUAGGCUACCUAUCACGAGUGCAUCGUUUGUCAACAUUUCAUUACACGUUUAGCAAGUUUUCAUCCAUAGAGAAGAUGAAGAGAACGUUGGUCUAAACUAAAAAUAUAUCAAGACUACAGCUGCUUAGUUCGAACAGUGAUGAAACAUAAAAGCAUCAACGGGAUCUCGAGAGAAAAUAAUUCUUAGCAAACGCAGACGCAGACGCGGAUAACAUAAGAUAAAAGAUAACAUAAACUUAUUACCUGUUCCUGGCUUUACCGUUUAGAUUUUCUGGAAUAAACGUUUCUCUAGAGUUCA